AUGGUAUUUUCAUCGUUCAAUCUCGCUUUGGACCGUCCAAUACUCAUAUCACCAAGAAACAAGAUUGUCAAACGGAUGAGAUUGAACAGGUACAAAAGCAAGCCUACAAAUUCAGAGACUUGCAUGGGGCAGUCGUUAAUUCGGUAUUAUGUGAAUUUUAAGAAGAGUGGACGCCCUGAACGCUUGGUGGUCUAUGAAAAUGGUGGAUGGAAGGACUUUCCCAGGGAUGUUCUUGACUUGGUAAGGAAAGAUUUUGAUGUAAAGAAAGCAGUUGUUAAGAUUGAUGAGAACGGGUGUUGCUUUUUUCCUGAAAUUUAUGCUUCCUCUAAUGAAGGGCCUUAUUAUGAUCUAUGCAAUCAGGACUGUGGAAAAGGUCAUGAAUCAUUCCUCCAAGAUCCUAAUGAAAUAAAAUUACAUUUAGAAAUUGAAAUAAACGGAGUGGAUGCUUCCCAGUUUGGGGAGUGCAGUAGGGAGUCCAAUGUUUUUGUUAAACAUAUACAAGUUGAUGCUAAACAAGCCUGCAGUCAAAAUGAUUUAGAAGUUGGAGAUGGCAGUAAUAAAAUUGGAAAUGGAAAUGUUGGUAAACUCAUUGAGCGAAAUAAAAAUAUAGGUUUUAAUGCUUAUAAUGAAACUGUAUAUGAAAAGUUAGAUUUGGAAAAUGUACAGAAUAUGUUUCUUAAGGGAGCUAGUAGUUUUGGUAGUGCUGACAUAGUUGAGAUUUACCCCUUCUCAAGUACAUUGAUGCAAUCACGAUUGGAGCUGUUUGAGAAAGCAAGCUGA